AUGGCAGAGGCGAUUUCAAGCGACAAUGAGCUUUUUACAUGUCCAAUUUGUUUGGAUCUUCUUAGGGAUCCAGUGACUACUAAUUGUGGACACAGUUACUGUAAAGGCUGCAUUAAGGGCUGCUGGGAUCAGGAAGAUCAGAAGGGAGUCUACAGCUGCCCCCAGUGCAGACAGACGUUCACCCCAAGACCCGUUUUAAACAAAAAUAAUAUUUUUGCUGAACUUGUGGAAAAGAUCAGGAAGACCAGUAUCCAAGCUGCUGCUCCUGUUUCAUGUCCUGCUGGACCUGGAGAUGUGGAGUGUGACGUCUGCACUGGGAGAAAACUCAAAGCUGUGAAGUCCUGUCUGGAUUGUCUGGUGUCAUACUGUGAAACUCACUACAAAGUUCACAGUGAACUUUUUCCUGGAAGAAAACACUCAGUGAUUGAUGCCACAGGUCAUUUACAGGAGAGGAUCUGCUCUCAUCAUAAGAAGGUUUUUGAAAUAUUUUGUCGAACUGAUCAGAGUUGUAUCUGCUAUCUGUGCACGAUGGACGAACAUAAAGGCCAUGACACAGUCACUGCUGCAGCAGAACGGACACACAAACAGGAUCAUGCCCGAAAGGCAGAAAGGCUGCCCAGGUUGGUCCGCAAGUCGCUAGAUCCAACGAGGACCCAGUUAAAACACAGCUAG